AUGGCAACAGAACUUGUCCGAUCAGACGACCUGACCACAGACACUUCAACCCCAAGAAUCAGCAAUCCUAAGGGCCUCGCCAUUUUAUCUCGAUUGGACACAGCCAUUACAAAACAUGAAAAGAAUGAAAAGGAAAUCAAAGACCUACAAAAGAGAAUGGCAAGAUUCGACCGUAUCGUUGAUUCUAUCUUGGCUCAGCGACACAAUGUACUCGAUGAAUGGGCCGGAUAG